CGAAUGCCUCAAUCUCAAUCUCAAUCUCAUCAGUUAACUUUUCCUAAUACACAAACCCCGUUCCUCCGUUCACGCACUACCUCAGUCUUCUCUUCUCUUUUACUAAAAGAACCAACAAUCUCUAGAACCCUCUCAGCCAAAAAAAACAAUGCAGACCCACCAGAACCCUCCCACACUGGAUUCCGACCCGCAGCUCCCGCAGAUCAAAAUCCACCACCCCUCCUCCCCGCGCCAUCACCACCCCUCCUCCGCCGCCACCCCCACCCCCACCGCCGGCGCACGCCGCAAAAUCGGCGUGGCCGUCGACCUCUCCGACGAGAGCGCCUACGCGGUCCGCUGGGCCGUGCAGCACUACAUCCGCCCCGGGGACGCCGUGAUCCUGCUCCACGUCAGCCCUACCAACGUCCUCUUCGGCGCCGACUGGGGCUCGAUCGACCUCUCCAUCAACACUGACCCCAACUCCGACGAAGACGCCGUCAGCGCCGUCAACAGUAACGACCACGCCAACGCCGGCAACAGCAAACGCAAGCUCGAGGACGACUUCGACGCCUUCACGGCGUCGAAGGCCGCGGAUCUCGCGAAGCCGUUGAGAGAAUCGCAAAUUCCGUUCAAGAUCCAUAUUGUGAAGGAUCACGACAUGAAGGAGAGGCUGUGCUUGGAGGUGGAGAGGCUUGGGUUGAGCGCGGUGAUUAUGGGGAGUAGAGGGUUUGGCGCUGUGAGGCGUGGCAGCGAUGGGAGGCUUGGGAGUGUUAGUGAUUACUGCGUUCAUCACUGUGUUUGUCCUGUUGUGGUGGUGCGUUAUCCCGAUGAUAAGGAUGUGGUUGCGGCGGCCACCACGGCCUCGGCCGUGGUGGCGCUCAAGGACGGGGAUGAGGGCGAGACGGUGAUCCAGCCGGUGCCGCACAAGAAAGAGGAUUAGUUGGAGCCAACUCAUCACUUCAACCCUGUCUCUGAAGAAUGUUUCUAAUCCGAAGGGAUUGGUGGAAAUGGUUGUAGAGUGCUCUCUUUCUCUUCCUGUCAGGUUGUACUUAUAGAGCAUUUCCUGCAUAUGAACUGUGGAAAGAUUAUGGAUGAUUUUGUAUGGCUUGAUGUGAUCUCGGUUCCAUUAGGCCUUUGAAGAUUGUUUUUGGUUCCGAAGUGGUAUAUACUCUUUCAUGUAGAUGUACAAGUUUGCCUGUGACUGUUUUUGGGGUUAUUUUCUUCCCAUUCUGUAUGUUGUUGGAAAUCAGAUUAUCAUGACGAGCACUUGUUUAGCUAUUUAGAUAAUUCUAUAGAGCUGUGUUGGUGGAACAACUGUUUUGGACAUGUCAGCUCGUUUACCCCUUGUUCAGACGCAUGAACUGAGGUAAAAUAAUGUUGAUAAUAACGAUAAUUCGUAGUAGUCACUAGUCAAUCCUUGAAACAGUUAACA